UCUCUCUUUCUCUAACUUAUAGACUAUAAGUGUUUAUCUCUAAUAAUUAAAUGACUCAUUAAUUACAAGUUUAUUAUUAUUAUUAUUACUAUUAAUUAAUAUAUCAUAGCAUACAUAGUAUCAUAUAAUAAUUGUCCGCACAUUUAAUUGCCCGAUCGGUGUGUGUGAAGACCACCGACCGAUCCGACACUAAAGGCACACUUGAAGAUUGCAAGAUUGCAUGCAAGACUCGCGAUGGCCGCCAACGAGAAUCCAGUGAUAUCAUCGCCACAAACGGCACCGCUGUUAUCCAUGACUGAGACCAAUGCCGCCGAUACCGUAGACAGCGUGCCGGCCAUUAACGACUUGACAAUUACCACAACAAACGAUAAGACAAUUUUGCCCGCAGCAGCCGGCGAUGGACGCUGUAGUGGUGGUAGUGGACAACCAUCGCCGGUGGCCACGAGCGGACUAUCCUAUGCACAAAAACUGAAACAAAUGAAUCACUCGACAACUGAUGGCCAGCCGGCGACUGUGGCGGCGACGCCAUCAUCAACAACAACAACACAAACUUCGAUGACUAAUAAGUCUAGCAAUAGUUUACGCGAUGGUCUUAAAGACACAAAUCAAGUAACAAAUAGUAGUAAUAAUAAUAAUUAUGUUAAUAAUAGUAAUAAUACUAAUAAUGAUUGUAAUAAUAAAAUUAUUAAUAAUGUUAAACAAGAAGUUAUUAUAAAUAAUAAGAAAGUUAGUGAUAAUGAUAAUAAUGCAGCAAUUGUUAGCAAAGAUGUAAAUAAUAUUAAUACUAACGAUAGUUCCCAUAAGAGUCCUAAUACUGUCUCAGCCAUCAAUGUCCACAAUAAGGCCAACAACAACAAUGUCUGGAACAAGAAUAGCGACCCACCAUUGUCUUCGUCUGCCUCGUUGUUGUCGUUGUCAUCAACACUAUCAAUGAAAUCCAAGAGUUGUUGGACAAACAAUUCAGUCACAACACAAGCCGCCAAUAGAAGUGCUUCAACUAAAUCAAAAGUGUCACCAAUUGGUGCCAUCAACGAUUGGCCUACUCUUGGAGAGGUGCAUAUUUCAGAGACACAAAAGCAUAGCUCAAACAAAGAGGACACUGUUGUCGCCGCCGAGUCAUUGGCUGAGCCGUCCUUACCGUCCAAUUCAAAGAAAUCUGCCACAAAUGAUCCAAAAGACUCACCACAAAGUGAUAUAAAUGAGAUUCGCGUCGUCAGUCCUCAGACAUCGCGCGCCCAAUCAGUACAAGAAAACGAUGAGUCGUCGGCAAAAGAUAAUUGUUUAGAUAAAAACAACGACGUGUCCAACAAUUUGUCCGCCGCUGAAGCGACAAAUGGAAACGGUGGUAACGGAAAGUCCACAAAAAAGAAAGGUCCAAAAUGGGUACACUUGGAGAUACCAUCUGAACCACAUCCCAAAUCGCCGAGAAAUAAGUCGUCAUCGUCGGCAUUGUCUACUUCCAGCGCAAAAGAACGCCGAGAAGAGACCAGAGAAACAAGAGAUCGACAUAAUAAAGAGCGACCAUUAGAUAAGCGAAGAGAAAAGCGAUACGAUAAUCACCAAUCGGGUCAUGAAAACUAUCACUCAGAUGACCAAACAAAACAUAGUAAUAGUAGUACUAGUAAUCAACGAAACUAUGAUAAAGAUAGCGGACAUCAACACCGGUAUGAUAGUAGACAACCAAAUACUAGUCGAAAAUACAGUAGUGGUAGUAGUAGUAGAGGUCGGGGUCGCGGAGGUGGUCGAGGUGGUAGUAAUUGGCACAAUAACGGUCAUUACACGAGACCACGAGCACAGACUACACCGCAGGACGAGCUGCCGGGUGAAGUACCAUGGUAUACGGAAUCACCUAUUGGUGUUACUGCAACAGCGCCCACAACUCCAGCUAUAAUCACUGCCCAACCGUUUAUAUCACCCUUUUUCUACCCCCAAAGCUUUACCCAGCCCUACAUAGGUGUUGAUACAGAUAUACUCAAAGAGUAUAUUCGUAAACAAAUUGAACAUUAUUUUAGUGAAGACAAUCUCGAGGGUGAUAUUUUCUUGCGCCGCAAAAUGGAUAUCAAUGGCUAUCUGCCCAUAUCGUUGAUUGCAUCCUUCCAUAGGGUACAGGCGCUCACCCACGACGUCAGCUUAGUUGUCGAGGCGCUCAAAGAUUCCACAUUAGUUGAUGUGCUCGACGGUAUUAAAGUUAGAACUAAAGUUAGUCCAGAAAAGUGGCCACUAAUGGAUAGUAUCAGUGUUGCCACUGCUGGACUUCAUGCAAACGUUCCGGCAUUCAUUCCUGGCCAACCUUACGGUUACGGAUAUGGAGAUCAAUCGCCCACCGGUUACGACAACGAGAGUGUCAUCGACGACGACAAUGAGACACAAUAUCUUAACGAUGGCAGCAAUUGUUCAGAUGGUGACAGCAGUUUGAAAGCUGAGAAAAUUGCUAACGAAUCGUCGAAUAAGUCGUCGUCAUCUUCAUUAUCAACUGUGCCUUUAAGUGACAAAACGCAUGAAAGUACAGCUAAUAGUAAUUGUGUUAACAGUAAAGUGCCAACAAUUGAGACCAUCGACAGUAGAAAUCAACAGAACAAUGACCUUAAGAUAAUGGAUAAAGACUGGAGAGAAGUGAAGAAUAAAAGACUAAAACCCCGAUCAAAACAAUCGACAACAAAAUACGACUCUCGCGACUCAAAUCGCUGCCGGGGAUCAAGUGUUUCGAACGACGACUUGCCUUUUCAAUUGGACGAAGACAUUGAUCUCAAUUUGGAACAGUACUCGAAUGGCCGAAAGAAUAAGUUCAGUUCGUACGAUACGGAAGACUCGGAUUAUGAGAUGAGCGACAACGAAGUGGCACAGCUUAUCGUUGUCACACAGUUUGUAAGCGGCGGCAGUGGCAGAGCUAAACAUGAAGGCUACGACCGAACGGGUGAUUGGCAGACAAGAGUCAAAUUGACACAAGAGUUCGCUAAAGUGAUAAACGAUGGCUUGUAUUACUACGAACAAGACCUGUGGGAUGAAAUCGGUGACAAACUGGAAGCCAAACCGCAUAAAACUGUUGAUAUGAUAUCGCAAGAAGCGUUUGAAAAGUACGCACCGAAUAAGAUUCAGAUCCAGAAGUUCAGAGCUCAGGCACCGCCGCCGCCACCACCGCCAACCUAUGAGGACGAGUCGUUUCUCGAAAGCCAAUUUUCACCGAAUUCCAAUCAGUCCGUAUCACCGAAAGCCGUGUCGACCCCGGUUUCGGCUCCCGAAUCCAAGCUACAGAAAACACCGCGCGUACGGUCGCCAAUAAUGGAGCCCCGCUUCUAUCCGGCGCCCGAACCACAAAAACCAAUCGAAAAGGGAACGCCCAGAAAACAGAAAACAAAGUAUUCGGCGAACCCGCCCAUCGAACAGCACGUCGGUUGGGUUAUCGAUUCGCGACGUCAUCUACAGGCGUCCAGCGAUUCGAUAGCCGAUGGCGUCGGGGGCGCCGCCGCUUCAUUUAGCUCUCAAUUAUCAACUAGUCUGGGCUCAACCCCUCAAUCACUGCCAACAUUUGAACACCCGUCACAUUCGCUGCUUAAGCAAAACGGUUUCACACAGUUAGGCUACCAUAAGUACAGAUCUCGGUGUCUUAAAGAUCGCAAACGUUUGGGUGGAGGACAGAGUCAAGAGAUGAACACAUUGUUCAGAUUCUGGUCCUUCUUUCUAAGAGAUCAUUUCAAUAGGCGAAUGUACGAAGAGUUUCGCCGAAUUGCCAACGAAGACGCCAGCGCUGGCUAUCGAUACGGAAUGGAGUGUUUGUUUCGCUUCUUUUCCUAUGGUCUCGAAAGACAUUUCAGACAAGAACUGUACGAUGACUUCCAAUCGGAGACCAUCAAAGACUUUCAGUCAGGUGAAUUGUAUGGUUUAGAAAAAUUCUGGGCUUUCCGUAAGUACUUUAAAAAUGCAUCGAAAUUGAAAAUCGAUUCAGUGCUUCGGGAAAAGUUGGACAACUAUAAAACGAUUGAAGAUUUCCGAUUGGACGCCGAUACUAUUGCUCAACGGGAACGGGAAACACAGUCAAAACGGGAAGCCUAUAAUAGAUCUCGACAUCGAGAGUCGUCAUCCAAAUUAAAAGACAAUAGUAAUACCUUAAGAGUCAAAUGAUAGGACCGGACCAGUUGUUGGUCAGUUAUUAUUAGGAUUUUUUGUUUUGUAAAACACUCGUCGAUAAAUGCGUGUAAAUAAUAAUAAUAAUAAUAUGAUAUAUUGUAUACACAUUAGUAAUUUGAUUUAUGAGUGAAGAUUUGACGGGAAAUUUUUUUCACCCAUUUAUGUUGUUAUUAUUAUUAUGUUUUUUGACCCCCGUAUUGUUUUUUUUAUAAUCAAUUACUAUUAAUAUUAUUAUAUACUGUAUAGAAAUUUACCAUUUAAAGUAGUUUAUAUUAAGUUAGUCUUUUUUUUGCU